AUGGAUUGUCCCAAAUUGAAAAAGCCUUUCAGGAAGUUCAAAAAAAAAACACUUAAAGCAACAUGGGAUGAAUCAAGUGACUCCAAAGAUAAGGAGAUUGGUGAUCAAGUUGCCCAAAUGUGCUUCAUGGCAAUGGAGGAAAGCUCCAAUGAGGUAACUUUAAAUGAUGAUGUUGUUGAAUUUUCUUAUGAUGAACUAGUUAGUGCUCUUAAAGUUAUGAAUGAUGAACUAGAAUUAGGUCAUAAGAAGAAUAAACUUUUGAAAAGUGAGCUUGCUUAUUUAAGGAAGGAAAAUGAGACCUCAUCUAAGGAUGAUAGACCUUUAAAUAGAAAGGAUAAACUUGAUGCAAUUUUGGACCCUCAAAGAUCUCCCAGCAUUAGGUAUGGACUUGGCUAUAACCAAUUUGCUCAAGCACCUCCUUCCAAGACUACUUUUGUUAAAGCAUCUAGUUCUAAUGAGCCUAGUCCCCAAGUGCCUAGUCCAAAGCUUGAAAGCAUGUGGUAUUUGGAUAGUGGAUGUUCAAGACACAUGACUAGAAAUGCCAACCUUUUCCUUUCACUUGAAAAGAGAGAUGGAGGUGGGCAAGUGACCUUUGGUGACAAUGAUUUGCAUGCUUUGUCUAACCAAGAUGUCAAGUGCUUUAUUUCUAUUAGUGAUAACUUUCAGACUUGGCAUAGAAAGCUUGCACAUGCUAGUGUGGACCUUUUUGCAAACUUGAACAAGGAUGAGCUAGUUGAUGGGCUACCAAAGAUCAAGUUUUAA